AUGACAACAGCGCAUCGCCCAACAUGGGCACCCGCUGUUGGCGGCGAGGAGCAAGGUGGAAUGCGCAUCUUCAAGCCAAGCGUGGCAGUCUCUUCCAAGAACCUCCCUGCGCACACAAAGCUAAAGUUUAGGCAGGACGGACAAUCGAGCGUUGAUGAAGUGCGGGUCAAGGACCUGCGAGCCGAACUGGAGGAGAAAGAACGGAAACACUUUGCUAAGAAAGCCGGGACAACGUCCAUCUUCGAAGAGGAGCGGCAAAAAGACCUCAAAUUGCUUGAAGCUGCACCGCCCGACGGUCAAACGAGGCAACUGGUUCCUAAAGCGAUAGACGCAGACGACGAGGACCCGGAGUCGUCGGAGAGUAGCAGCGACGAUGAUGACGACGAUGACGAGGAGGCGCUGCUGCUGGCGGAGCUGGAGCGGAUAAAGAAGGAGCGAGCGGAGGAAGCCGCCAAGAAGGCUAAAGAGGAGGCGGAGGCCGCUGCCAAGGCGAAGGAGGAGGAGCUUCGGAGCGGCAACCCGCUGCUGGGCAUUGGGGGGGACGUCAGCUUUAACAUAAAGCGCAGGUGGGAUGAUGACGUCGUGUUCAAGAACCAGUCCGGGGGGGAGCCAAAGGCGCAGAAGCGCUUCGUGAACGACACCAUCCGAAACGACUUCCACCGCCGGUUCUUGCAGCGGUACAUCAAGUAA